CAGACCUAUUCUCUGAUAUUUGUUCAAAGAUAUUUGUGCAUGGACCUCCUUGCAAUUAUUUUUCAAACCGUGAUUGAUCGAUCGAGCGAUCCCUCUUUUGAUGUAAUAUAAAUUUUUGAAAGUAGAAGAAGAAGAAAGAAGCGUAUUUUUUUAAGACGCAUAUUACUUACAAAAGAUACAAUUCGAUCUGUUGGAUUUUAAAUGGCUCAUCUGUCACAACUGUCCUCUCUUGCGUUACAAAAUAUUCGGCAGAUCGCGGUAUUAGGUGAUAUUAAUAAUUUAGCAAAAAUAUGUGUUAGAUAUGCAUCGAAGAAAGCUAGUUCUAGUACCAGUAAUAAACCUGGCCAUGCUAGACCGAAACACAGAGGAUGGAGAGUACAAGAUGGGACUUAUGUACAAGCGGGUACAAUAUUGGCUACGCAGUUAACAACCAGAUUUCACCCAGGCCUUAAUGUUGGUUUCGGACGGAAUGGAACCUUAUUUGCUUUGGAAGCAGGCAAAGUAAUGGUAACUUGUGAGAAAAUUAAUCCUUGCUGGAAGCAUCCCUGGAUUAAACGAAAUUAUGCUGGCCGUGAAGGCCAAGUUAUAUAUAAAAAACACUUUAACGUUAUUCCAAAGUCACAACAUAAUCAAUUUCAAUUGAUUGACAGAAUAUAAGAAUAUAUAUAUUAUA